AUGGUACACCUUGUGGCUGUACCAGAGACAAUCACGGCAAGUGGCUGUGCUUGUGUCUUUAUUGACACCAUCUUCCGACUUCAUGGGUUGCCCCGUGAACUCGUAUCAGACAGAGAUCCACGAUUCACUGCUGAUUUCUGGCGUUCCGUGUUCAAAUCACUCGGAACGCGCUUGAAGAUGUCGACAUCUGAUCAUCCAGAGUCAGAUGGUCAGACGGAACGUGCCAAUCGUGUCCUUGAAGAGAUACUUCGAGGAUACGUACACUCCUUUAAGAGUUGGAGUGAGUUUUUGCCGAUGGUAGAGUUUGCCAUCAACAACUCGGUGCAUGCGUCCACGACACAUACACCGUUUUACGUGAAUGGCUUGCGCCAUCCGCGUGUACCCACCUUACUAGAGUGUAACUCUGGUUUAAGGGGAGGGACUCGCGCGAGCAAAAACCGAUUUGGUUCACGCUCAUCACGCUCUGACGAAGAAGUCAUUGCGUUUGAUGCCGAUAUCGAUAACAUCGAUAUCGAAGAAGAUGAUGCCAGUGAGAGUGCGGAAGCCCUCACUGAAGACAAUGAUCCCAGUGAGAGUGCGGAAGCCCUCACUGAAGAAAAGGUUGUUGUCGCUGCAGUGCGCUCACAGCACACUGAAGCUAACGAGUCAUCAGAUGAGUUCAUACUGGCUCGUGAAACGGUAGUCCGUUUUGUGCAAGACUCCAUCGCCGAAGCGGUGGAUAAGCAAAAAGCAAAACGCUGA